AUGCCUGAAAGUAGUUCCAUUGCGAACAAGAGUCGUAAGUGAUUUUUGUGACCUUUCCGCUCUUUAAAACACACCAAAAAUCAGCGGCGAGGUUACCCGGUCGGAGAUGGCCGGAGCCUAGCCUUCUCUAAUUACACUUGGUUUUUAGAAAGAGUUUUCAGAAAGAGUUUCAACAAUGACGCCAGAAGAAUGGAAUCAAUUGAGCGAAGCGCAAAAGAUGGAUAUGUGGAAGCAGGUGCUCUACAAAUCUUGCCAAAAUUCAGGUAUUCUUUGAACAAAUACAAUUUACAUAAGAGAAAAGAAUAUUCCAGAAAGUUCGUGCGAAAAAGCUUUCGGCGAAUUCAUGACCGGAUGCGACCAACAUGUGGUGAAACAGUGGGUAAAGGGGUGCCGCGAUAUAUACGACGAUUUUGUCAAAUUUAUUUGUAAGGAGAGUUUCGCGGAGGCUUGUAAGUGUUUGCCGAUCGAUUUUUUUUUCAAUUGAAAACUUUGCAGACGGCAUCUGCCGCGACGAGAACUCGACGACCGACGACUACUCGGCCGCAAUCACCGUCUUCGUCGUGCUCGCAUUUGUCUGCGUCUGCGGCUGUGCCCUCAUCGCCCUUCUCGUCUGGUGGCGCUCGAAAAAACGGAAAUCGCAGCAGAGGAUUAUGGACGGUGCCGCCGGUGGACCCCCGCAGCUUGUGGCCGGUCCUGCUCCGACUGGUCCACAGCCUCAAGUCAUCGUUCGUGGUUGA